UGGUAGCGCAGGGCACAGAUGACCAUGUCCGGAGUUGGAGCGCACUCCCAUUGGCUAAGCGAGCGCUACGUGUACAUUACAGCAGCAACAGGUACCUCACAUGUUUACAGUUAUCUUCAUCCUCGGAGCGGAACCGCAGACGCUAUUACCACUUAAGCAAAACGUGCAUUCUGAAGAUAUUAUCGAUGUUCCAUGGUGAAAACUAUUCUUCUACGUACAGGGGAAUUUUACUUUCACUUGAAAGGCUGUUGUGAGGAAGAGGGGUAACAAAUCAGGCUAAAGGAUGAAGUCUAAAGGGAAGGCCGCUAAGUCAUCCAGAAAACCCUGGACCGAGCAAGACCUGGACCUUGAACCAGAGAACAUUGAACCAGGCACCAGCGAACAGGAGGGCUCUGAGGCCUCGGCCCGUAUUGGAGGCUCCUGGAGAGGCGUUCUGAGGGGCGGGGACCGCGAGCGAGGCGGAGGCGGUGGCACCACCCACGGCCCCCACAGACACCGACGGUCUCACAACAGCAACAAUGAGCGCAACGUCCGGCGGCUGGAGAGCAACGAGCGGGAGCGCCAGCGCAUGCACAAACUUAACAACGCCUUCCAGGCUCUUAGAGAGGCCAUUCCGCAUGUCAAAAUGGACAAGAAACUCUCCAAGAUCGAGACGCUGACGUUGGCUGAGAACUACAUCAAGUCCCUGACCUCCAUCAUCCUGGGGAUAUCCAGUGCCCGCCUGCCCGGGGAGACACCGACAGAGACUAGUGCUGCCAGACUGCUCCAGUGUUACCAGCAGCACCUGGAGGAGGACGGGGAUGAGAGCCUGUCUCAGUUCCUCACCCAAAUCCACAGCUUCAGCCAGGAGAGCUAACAGCUAGCCCCAGUUCCUCACCCAGAUCAACAGCUUCAGCCAGGAGAGCUAACAGCUAGCCUCAGUUCCUCACCCAGAUUCACAGCUGCAGCCAGGAGAGCUAACAGCUAGCCUCAGUUCCUCACCCAGAUCCACAGCUUCUGCCAGGAGAGCUAACAUCUAGCCUCAGUUCCUCACCCAGAUCCACAGCUUCUGCCAGGAGAGCUAACAUCUAGCGUCAGUUCCUCACCCAGAUCCACAGCUUCUGCCAGGAGAGCUAACAUCUAGCCUCAGUUCCUCACCCAGAUCCACAGAUUCUGCCAGGAGAGCUAACAUCUAGCCUCAGUUCCUCACCCAGAUCCACAGCUUCUGCCAGGAGAGCUAACAUCUAGCCUCAGUUCCUCACCCAGAUCAACAGCUUCAGCCAGGAGAGCUAACAUCUAGCCUCAGUUCCUCAUCCAGAUCCACAGCUUCAGCCAGGAAAGUUAACAGCUAGUAGGUGCUAACUCCACAGCCAAAGAGUUGAAGCAUCCAGGCUUGACUUGGGGCGCGAAUCUCAACUGAAACCCUAUCUACCAUAUUGUACACUGCUACUCUACUUAUGACCAUGGCCAAAAGUAGUGCACUGUAUGGGGAAAGGGUGUCAUCUGAGAUGCAGCCUUAUACUCCGACAAGCUAGUGAGCUAUAGUGACAUACCUGACCAUACACUAAAUGGAGCACACAAGAACUUGCCUCAGUAACUCCAUGAAACAGUGGUGGGAGGUGAUUUGGAGCACUGUACCCUUAACAUUCAUUCUCAGAAACAUAAUGGUGGAGUACAAGUGAAGACAGACAGACAGGCAAAGAGCACCAGCAGCCUGUGGACUAUGUCAGAUUAGACAAAGGCCUAGCCAGAGCUGUGACAGACAGAAUCCCCAAAGGACCAUGAUAUAACUUCUAGAACAGUGGAACUUAAAGUUCAUCUCACAUGGGAUUCUGAUUCUGAUUUGUGGUGAGACCCAAGUCAAAGAACAUUCCAGUGCCAUUUAAUCUGUUUUCUUUCUUUUUUUCUGUCAUUUUUCUAGCUGGCGAUUAACUGUAGUUUCCUGAUUGGUCAGAAAUGUAAAAUAACUGAUUGUUAAAGUAUAGUAUUCUCCAGCAUACACUGUAGCCCACAGGGGCCCAAACUGUGUAUAUAGGACAGGCCACCCCUGCUGUAGAUAGGGCAGGCCACCCUAGCUGUAGAUAGGGCAGGCCACCCCUGCUGUAAAUAAAUACAUGUUUUCAACCUUUUAGGACCAAUGUUUGUUUUCCCAGCUGAGCACUACCUCUGGACACAACAGUCACAUACAGGACAAGGAUAUGCUUACCUAUACUGGUCCCACAGACUGCCUCUGGACACAACAGUCACAUACAGGACAAGGAUAUAAUUACCUAGACUGGUCCCACAGACUGCCUCUGGACACAACAGUCAUGUACAGGACAAUGAUAUAAUUACCUAGACUGGUCCCACAGACUGUCUCUGGACACAACAGUCACAUACAGGACAAGGAUAUAAUUACCUAUACUGGUCCCACAGACUGCCUCUGGACACAACAGUCAUGUACAGGACAAGGAUAUAAUUACCUAUACUGGUCCCACAGACUGCCUCUGGACACAACAGUCAUGUACAGGACAAGGAUAUAAUUACCUAGACUGGUCCCACAGACUGUCUCUGGACACAACAGUCACAUACAGGACAAGGAUAUAAUUACCUAGACUUGUCCCACAGACUUUAGUCAAAUACUGUACUGUUUAAGGAAGGGAAAGAAUACACACUGUAAUUUAAAUGAAGUGUAAAUUAUUAGAAACACAUUUGUAUGUAUAUAUAUAUUUUUUUUGGGGGGGGGUUGACACAGUUAUUAAAUUGCAGAUUGGAAGACAAGGAGGUGGGACAAACAGUUUGAAGCAGGGAAUUGAACUCAUGCCUCUGGUGGGAAGCGGAAGCCAGCAGUGUUACCGCUAGACCACAUGAUCUACACAGAUCCAUAUGUGUACAUGUCAAAAUGUACAGUAUGUGUUGACCAAGUUGUUUUAUCUCCAUGACCCUAUGGUAUCUUGUGUUUUUAUGGUUCUUGGACAUGGUUGUCUGUAGCUCAGUUGGUAGAGCAUGGCGCUUCUAAUGCCAGGUUAGUGGGUUCAAUUCCCAAUUACUACUUGUAAACAAAUAGUAUGCAAGCAUGACUGUAAGUUACCUGGAAUAAAUGCAUCAGCUAAAUGGCAUAUUUUAUUAGAACAGUGGUCUGUGUGUAACAGGUGAAUGUAAUAAUUAUGUUGCUCUUACAAUGCGUGUUUGAAUGAUACUUCUGUAAUAGCUUUGUAAACCUGAGUUCUGAGACUCCAAAAAAGUGUGAAUUGUAAAACAAGAAUCUUCCUUAUCAACAAUCACAUUUAUUGAGAGGACAUUGACCAUGCACACUAUUAGGAGGAAUAAAUAUAUAGAUCAAUAACAGCCUUGUUGGAGUUGGAACAGUACCGGCUUAUAGUAUUCUAGUUUACACCAUAAUCAAUAAAAGCAAUGGAAUCCUCAAGUGAAAA